ACACGCAAGACCUCCUCUCCCCCUCUGUACGCUUGCGCGCGGCUUUCUCCGCCCACCGCUCUUUGCGGAAUGUGUAAGUGGGUUUCCACACAGCGCCUCUAGCCGGAGCGCACGGGAAUUCGCGCGUGCGUAUCACUUGGCGAGGACUUGCACGUUGCCAGCCGCGAGCUCUAGGUGGCGGCAUCCCUCCGGCUAGGACGAAGCACGCAAGCGCGGAGGUUCGCACGAGGGGAGGGCGGGUGCACACCGCGGGCAUGCGCCGUGCGGAGCGAGACGGCGGCUCGGCGGGGUCAACCGAGCGCAGGCGCAGUGCGGUGUUUGUCUGCCGGACUGACGGGUGGCCGGGCGGUGCGCGGUGGCGGCGGCGGGGAAGAUGGCGGCGUCCUCCCUGGAGCAGAAGCUGUCCCGCCUGGAGGCAAAGCUGAAGCAGGAGAACCGCGAGGCCCGGCGGAGGAUUGACCUCAACCUGGAUAUCAGCCCCCAGCGGCCCAGGCCCACCCUGCAGCUCCCACUGGCCAACGAUGGGGGCAGCCGCUCACCAUCCUCUGAGAGCUCCCCGCAGCACCCCACGCCUCCCACCCGGCCCCGCCACAUGCUGGGGCUCCCGUCAACCCUCUUCACACCCCGCAGCAUGGAGAGCAUUGAGAUUGACCAGAAGCUGCAGGAGAUCAUGAAGCAGACGGGCUAUCUGACCAUCGGGGGCCAGCGCUACCAGGCAGAAAUCAAUGAUCUGGAGAACCUGGGGGAGAUGGGCAGCGGCACCUGCGGCCAGGUGUGGAAAAUGCGUUUCCGGAAGACCGGGCAUGUCAUUGCUGUCAAGCAAAUGCGGCGCUCGGGGAACAAGGAGGAGAACAAGCGGAUCCUCAUGGACCUGGACGUGGUACUCAAGAGCCACGACUGCCCCUACAUCGUGCAGUGCUUCGGGACCUUCAUCACCAAUACGGACGUCUUCAUCGCCAUGGAGCUCAUGGGCACGUGCGCUGAGAAGCUCAAGAAGCGGAUGCAGGGCCCCAUCCCUGAGCGGAUCCUGGGCAAGAUGACAGUGGCGAUUGUCAAGGCGCUUUACUACCUGAAGGAGAAGCACGGUGUGAUCCAUCGCGAUGUCAAGCCCUCCAACAUCCUGCUGGAUGAGCGGGGCCAGAUCAAGCUCUGCGAUUUCGGCAUCAGUGGCCGCCUCGUCGACUCCAAGGCCAAAACGCGGAGCGCAGGCUGCGCAGCCUACAUGGCACCCGAGCGCAUCGACCCCCCGGACCCUACCAAGCCUGACUACGACAUUCGGGCAGACGUGUGGAGCUUGGGCAUCUCCUUGGUGGAGCUGGCGACAGGACAGUUUCCCUACAAGAACUGCAAGACGGAUUUUGAGGUUCUUACUAAGGUUCUGCAGGAAGAACCCCCACUCCUGCCCGGUCACAUGGGCUUCUCGGGGGACUUUCAGUCCUUUGUCAAAGACUGCCUUACUAAAGAUCACAGGAAGAGACCAAAGUAUAAUAAGCUACUUGAACACAGUUUCAUCAGGCGCUACGAGGCGCUGGAGGUGGACGUGGCAUCCUGGUUCAAGGAUGUCAUGGCGAAGACCGAGUCGCCUCGGACAAGCGGGGUCCUGAGCCAGCACCACCUGCCCUUCUUCAGGUAGCCACGUGGCGGUGGCCAGCCUGCCGGGGGCCAAGGGUGCGGCCACAGGCCCCCCUUCCCCACUGGGUUACCCAGCUGCCUGCCAGGGGAGCCCUGGGACCUGGACAGCCGCUGAGGGCUGAGGACAGAAAGUAGGGGGCGCCGACCCACCCCCGACUCCCUGCCCACCAGCCAUGGACAGACGGGCCCGUCAGGCCCCAGCACUUCCCGUCCCGGGGUCAGCCGGCCGUGCGCGUCCCCCCCCCCCGCCCCCCGAACCCCGACAGACACUGUGAACGGAAGACAGCAGGCCGCGAGCAGACUCGCUAUUUAUUCAGUUGUAACCUCUGGGCUGGGGCGGCCCCAGGGGCCAGGAGAGAGCCGCCCGUCUGCACCCUCCAGCACUCACUGCGCUGUCCCCACUGCCGCCCCAUGCACGUGCACCCCGGCCCCACCUUCCUCUCUGUCACCUCCCUCUACCUCUCUGGCUUUCCCCAUCUCCCUCCCUGGCUCUGCUUCUCUCCUGGCCCAGGCCCGGGCUCUGCCACCCCUGGCAAGACCCUGGGUCCGCUUAGGUGUCUGGCAAGCAAUGAGUCUGUUGGCUGGCGUUCCUGUGGACGCUGCGACUGCAGCCGGGCCCGGGCUGGUCUCUUUCUCUCUCUCUUUUUGAUCUCAGGGGGUCCUUUUUGGAGUUUAUUGUAUUUUAUUGUACUUGGUGGGGUGUUUGGGGGGUGGGGGGCGGAGAAGAGCUUGUUCUUAAUGGGGUUUGUCGGUACCUUCAGAAACUUUUACCAAAGUCAUGUUUAGCUGCUUGUGGUGGAAGCCCCCCCCAACCCCGACUGCCUGUCGGGGCUCGGGGGCUGGGGCUGGGGGCCGAGCCAUGGGGGCCUGGGCCACCACCCAGGAGAGACUAGUCCCAAAGGUGGGCUCCGGGGGGGCUCCUCCCUUGGGGCUGGAGACUGGCCACAGCUUGGUGGGGUGAAUCGAAGACCUCAGGGGUGGAGAGAGCCCAAAGGGCCUCGGCCACACAGGGUGGCCUUCAGGGAAGGCAGGCGCGGGGCGUGGUGGAGGGCAACAGGUGCUGGUGCGGCAGGGAGGCGGCACAGGGAAUGGGUGACAGGAGUGGGGUCCGUGGGGCCCAGGGAGGCAGGGAUUGAGGGUGCAGGGAGUGGAUGUAUGGGUUUGAGAAUGUGUGACAGGGACAGAGGUGGGGCAGGCCGAGGGCUGGGCGUGUGGAGGUGGUCACGCCCUUGCAGUGGCCCUGAGCGCCCCUCGACUCACCCAGAGCUGGCCAGUCCCCAGCCCACCCUGAGGCCCCGGGCCCCAGCAUCCCCGGGGUUCUGCGCAGCAGCCAGAGCGAGCGGGAGGGGGUGUGUUUCCUUUUUGUUGGUGAUGCAUGCAAAUCAAGUGGACAACGAAACAAAAUAGCAAAAAAAAAAAAAAAAAAAAAAAAAAA